AACCAAUUACACAUGUACCUCAAUUAGAGACAUGCAAUGCACAGCUCUCAUUAUAUUAUUGGCUGUACAUCCUCACCACACACACACACACACACACACGCGCACGUGGAGGGGGACCACACAUGACCAUGCGCGAGCGCUCAUGAUUUACGCUCACCAAAUUCAUUUGAAGACGCUCGAACGGGGAAUGUGUUUGUGUUUUUAGUAUUAUUAUUGUUAUUAUUAUUCGGUUGCCUCCGGUGGUGCCGAAGAAACCCCAACAACGCCGCCAACACCACUCCCCCUCUCUCCCCCCUCCCUCUAUAUCUCUCAGGUUCCCAGGGAGGGCGCGCGUGCGUGUUUGUGUGUUUCUUUUCUUUCUUUCUUUCUUUCUUUUUUUUUCUUUUUAAUGGGCCUAUAACAGCAGACGGAGGAAGACACACCGGGAGAGAAAAGAAUCAAUUUAACGCGCCGAGGACUCCGAAGUGAUUGCGCAAUCUCACCGGGAAACCGGAGGAAGAUUAGAAAAGAGGUUGAAUGAGAAUUAGAAAAAAAACAAUAAUGAAAGAGAGAGGGAGAAGGGAGCGGGAGAUUGAAGAAGGGAAAUAGGAAAGGAGGGCUGCACACGGUGUGUGUGUGUGUGGGGGGGGGGGGUGUCUACCUCUACACACACACACACACACACACACACACACCACCAACACUUUUCCUCCCGUCAACGAAAGGAAAAGGGGGCGAACGAAGGCAACAGCAGCUCCCCAUUGGUCAAUGUGAGGUCAGCUGGUCCCCCCCACAGACCCAUCACCACAUCCCGUCCUCCUCUCUCUCUCUCUCUUUCUCUCUCUCUCUCGCUGUCCCACACUGGCACACAGCCACCCUGAUACCCCCCCCCCCCCCCUCCUUCCUCCACCACCACCACCUCCUCCUCUGUCGUCUCACCCUCUGCCUCCUCCUCACCUCCUCCUCCCAAUCUGUGAUAAACUAAGUGAUAGCAGCAGCCCGUCGCACUGUCGGCUAUAAAACACAACAAAUCAUAAAGUGCAGGCAGGGAAACGCAGAGAGGCAGGGAGGAAAGGGAAGGGAGGGAGAAACCGUUAGCCGCUAGCCGUUAGCCUCCUUCUACUCCUCCUCCUUCUGCUGCUUCUUCAUCGCGUGGACCUUGUUGUUGUGUUUGUUUCGUGCACUCCUGUCCUCCCCUCUCCUCUCCUCUCCACUCUUCUCCUCCUUUUUUUCCUCCACGCACUGUCUCCCGAUGAGCUCCUAUUUUGUCAACUCCUCUUUCCCGGUGACGCUACCGGGGACGGGUGGCGGCAGCCAGGCGGCGGAGUCCUUCCUGGGUCAGAUCCCGCUCUACUCCUCGGGAUACGCCGCCGACCACCCGCUCCGGCACUACCCGGGGGCGGCGGCUGUUACGGCUGCCGCGGCCGUAGCUUACGGUGCGAGCGGCGGCGGCGCGGGGGUCGCAGGCGGCGGCGUGCACCAGGAUAAAUCGUACGCCGCGUCCGCUUACUACCAGCAGGCGGCAAAUGGAGUGUACGGCGGGCACCGGGCGGGCGGAGUUGGGGGCGCGACCGGAGCCGGUGCCUGCGACUACGCGGCUGCGGCUGCCGCGGCUGCAGCCGCAGCCACGAGCUUCUACCGGGACAAGGAGCACGCGUGCAGCCUGGAAGAACACCAGCUCGCUCUGAGUCAGGACGGCAUGCACCGUAAAGCGGAGUGCGCGGGGCUGAGUGGGAAGGGGCUGUUCUGUGACAGCAUGGACGACAAAGCGUCGGUGCCCAUUUACCCGUGGAUGCAGCGGAUGAACUCAUGCAACGGAACUUUCGGUAACCCCGGGAGACGCGGGCGCCAGACGUACACGCGCUACCAGACGCUCGAGCUGGAGAAAGAGUUCCACUUCAACCGGUACCUGACGCGGCGGCGGCGGAUUGAGAUCGCGCACGCGCUCUGCCUAACGGAGCGUCAGAUCAAAAUCUGGUUCCAGAACCGCAGAAUGAAGUGGAAGAAGGAGAACAAGCUCAUCAACUCUUCCUCCUCAUCAUCAUCAUCAUCCUCUUCCUCCACGGGGAACGGUGCAGAGGAAGAGGAGAAACGGACGGACUGAAAGAGGACAGCAUUUAAAAAAAAAACUGAAAAGAGGAGGAAGAGAAGGAUGAAUAAGAGAAAAUUUCUCCACAUCUCUAAGUUCAAACUCUGAGGGAUUUUCUUUUCCUUUUGUUUUUUUAAGUCGAGGAGAAAUGAGGGAAGAAAAGAGGGAGAAUGGAAUUCUGCCUUUCAUCACGCUCCACCUGUAACAUUUGUACCCGAACUUCUUUUGGGGCCGGUUCUUUCUUUCCUGUCCGUCUGAAAAUAGUCCAUUAAUAUGAAAGGAAGAUUAAGGAACCGUCAGACUGUGGACAGGAAAGAGCAGCAAAAUAAAAAAGAAAGAAAGAAAGAAGAAAUUACAACAUUUAAGACAAAAGAAAGAAAAGUAGGCGAAGGCUUUUGACGACGCGAUUUCUUGUUGCAUUCCAAGAAAAAAACAAAACACUUAGAGUUUACUCGUUUAUUUUAUUAUUUUACUUUUACAAAUCUGAUUUAAAACGUACUUCCUAACUGUCAGGCACUUGCUGUGAAGCUUUAGGACUCGACCACCCUCUCCCUUUAAACCAAAUUCUUAUUUUGUAACCGUGUCGUGUGUAUUAUACCGUCAGACAAACACACACAACGCGGAUUAAGGAUAUUUGAGACGUGUAUGUAUAUCGUAUUUAAACUGUAUAGGGGGAGGAAGAAAAUCACCUAUAGGAGGGUGAUAAUGAUAAUAAUGUCAUUUGUGGGUGGGGUUUGGGUAAUUUAACCUUUCCAGCUGUUUCAUUAUUUUAGCAGUAUUUGAUGGGUUGGGAUUUAGAACCUACUGAUGUUAAUCGCCAAACUACCUAAAAACGUUCAGGAAAGUGUAUAUUUUAUGGAUUUUGUACAUGGUUUUGUUUUUGUUAGUGUCUUUGUCAAGUAAUUGCGUAUAUACUACCUAUGAGAAAUGCUCAAUAAAAUGUAAAGAAACCAUA